GUCGGACUGUGAGGAGCGCCGUCGGAUCGAACGGAGCCGCAGCACGCCGCCGGGUCACGCCACCGGACUACGCUUCAGACUGAGACGUAACAUGUCCACGGCGUAACCGGAGCCUCAGACCGACUUAACUCAGGAGCAACGAGCCAAACAGACACCGUCACCGACUGUAGCGUCAGCCGGCAGCCAAGAUGGCCGACCCCUACCAGAACAACGUGUACCACCAGGGAGGAGGCGACGGCUACGGGACGUACGGCGAGGGCGGCGGCCACGACGGGUACGGCUACCAGGCGGACUACCCCCCUCAGGAGGAGGACGCGGCGAGCGACGUGACCGAAGGACACGACGAGGAGGACCAGAUGUACGAGGGAGAGUACCAGGGCAUCCCCCACCCCGACGAGGUGAAGGCGGCGCAGCGGGCGGCACGGGCUAAAAGCCGCGCUGCCGGCGGCGGCGGCGGCGGCGGCGGCGGCGCCUCGGAGCUGGAGGAGCUGUCGGAGCAGUACGAGGACAUCAUGGAGGACUGCGGCCACGGCAGGUUCCAGUGGACGCUGUUCGUGGUGCUGGGCCUGGCGCUCAUGGCCGACGGCGUGGAGUGCUUCGUGGUGGCGUUCGCCCUGCCGUCGGCAGAGAAGGACCUGUGUCUGUCCAAUGCAGAGAAAGGCAUGCUGGGUCUGGUGGUCUUCCUCAGCAUGAUGGUGGGCGCCUUCCUGUGGGGGGGCCUGGCCGACAAGGUGGGCCGGCGGCGCUGCCUCAUCGUGGCGCUGGCCAUCAACUGCGUGUUCGCCUUCCUGUCCUCCUUCGCUCAGGGAUACGGCUUCUUCCUGUUCUUCAGACUGCUGUCGGGCAUCGGUAUCGGCGGCACGGUGCCCAUCGUGUACUCGUACUUCUCGGAGUUCCUGCAGAUGGAGAAGCGGGGCGAGCACCUGUCGUGGCUCUGCAUGUUCUGGAUGUUUGGAGGGAUCUACGCCUCCUUCACCGCCUGGGGCAUCAUCCCCCGAUACGGUUGGGGCUUCAGUAUGGGUUCAGAGUUUCAGUUCCACAGUUGGAGGGUUUUCGUCCUGGUCGCUGCUCUUCCUGCCAUCGCCUCUCUGGUCGGACUCACGUUCAUGCCCGAGAGUCCGCGCUUCCUCCUGGAGAAUGCGAAACACGAUGAGGCCUGGAUGAUCUUGAAGCAGGUCCACGACACCAACUGGAGGGCCAAAGGUCAGCCGGAGAAAGUCUUCACUGUGACGCACAUCAAGGCGCCGAAGACGGCCGAGGACGAGUUCAUCGAGAUCCAGAGCGCCACGGGGACGCCGGUUCAGCGCUGGGCAGUCCGCUCGCUGACGCUCUGUAAACUGGUUCUGAAGAACGUGGCCUCCCUGCUGUCCGCUGAGCUGAGGUUCGCGACACUCUUCAUGGCCGUCCUCUGGUUCUGCAUGGCCUUCAGUUACUACGGGUUGUCGGUCUGGUUCCCCGACAUGAUCAAACACCUGCAGUACGAGGAGUACGAGUCCAAAGUCAAGGUGUUUCACAGAGAACGAGUAGAGAACUUCCACUUUAACUUCUCUUUGGAGAACCAGAUCCACAGAGAAGGAGAGUACGUCCGCGACAAGUUCAUCAGUAUAGAGAUGAAGUCAGUGAAGUUUGAGGACUCUCUGUUUGAAGACUGUCGCUUUGAGGACAUCAGGUCCACUGACACACUGUUUGAGAACUGCACCAUCCGCUCCACCGUCUUCUACAACACAGACCUGUCCAAGGAGAAGUUCAUCGACUGCAGGAUGGAGAACGUGACGUUCGAGCAUAAAAAACAUGGCUGCCACCUGGACGUGGGGGACGAGAACGACGUGCUCAUCUACCUGGUCAGCUUCCUGGGGAACCUGGCGGUUCUGCCUGGGAACAUCAUCUCAGCUCUGUUCAUGGAGAAGGUCGGCCGGGUUCGGAUUAUAGGAGGCUCCAUGCUGGUUUCCGCCGGCUGCACCUUCCUCCUCUUCCUGAGCUUCAGCCAGUCGGCCAUCAUCGCCCUGCAGUGUCUGUUCUGCGGCGUGAGCGCCGCCGCCUGGAACGGCAUCGAGGUGGUGACGGUGGAGCUGUACCCGGCCUCCAAGAGGGCGACGGCGUUCGGUGUCCUGAACGCUCUCUGCAAGCUGGCCGCCAUCCUGGGCAGCUCCAUCUUCGCCAGCUUCGUGGGCGUCACCAAAGCCAUCCCCAUCCUGCUGUCCUUCGCCGCGCUGGUGUGCGGCGGGCUGGUGGCGCUGAAACUGCCCGACACGCGACAGAAGAUCCUGCAGUGAAGGGGCGCCAGGUCGCCACGGGGG